AUCAGUCGCGGCCGCUCCGCCAUCUUUGUCGGUUGCCCAUUGUUCGCUCUGGAGCUUCCCUCCGCGGCGGCGACGGCGACGGCGUAUCGAUUCAUACUGCGCCACAAAAAAAAAAAAACAAGCGGUCGGUGUCACAGGCAGCUGCCCGCGACGGUCGUGGAUUAGCACCCCGCGGUUGCGACUCGUUCUCGGCCAGCACGUUCAACCAGGAUGGACGAUGACCAGCCCAAAACCCUGUACGUGGGGAACCUGUCGCGGGAUGUGACGGAAGCGCUCAUCCUGGAGCUGUUUGGCCAGAUCGGACCCUGCAAGAGCUGUAAAAUGAUCGUGGAUGUGAGUUCAACAGCAGGUCACGAUCCGUACUGCUUUGUGGAAUUCUAUGAGCAUAGACACGCCAUGGCCACCAUUGCGGCUAUGAACGGUCGGAAAAUUCUGGGUAAGGAAGUCAAGGUCAACUGGGCCACAACGCCGACCAGCCAAAAGAAGGACACCAGCAGUCACUUCCACGUCUUUGUCGGAGACCUAAGUCCUGAAAUCACCACAGAUGACAUAAAAGCCGCCUUUGGACCUUUUGGGAAAAUAUCCGAUUGUCGGGUGGUGAAAGACAUGGCCACCGGCAAGUCCAAAGGCUAUGGCUUCGUGUCCUUCUUCAACAAAUGGGACGCAGAGAACGCCAUCCAGCAGAUGGGAGGCCAGUGGCUGGGAGGGCGACAGAUCAGGACCAACUGGGCCACACGAAAGCCCACACCCAAAACUACCAAUGAAACGAGCAACACGAAGCAGCUGUCUUUCGACGAGGUGGUGAACCAGUCCAGUCCCAGCAACUGCACCGUCUACUGCGGAGGGGUCACGGCGGGUCUCACAGAGCAAAUUAUGAGACAAACCUUCUUGCCUUUUGGCCAAAUCAUGGAGAUCCGCGUUUUUCCUGACAAAGGCUACUCAUUUGUGAGGUUCAACUCCCACGAGGCGGCCGCCCACGCCAUCGUGUCUGUCAACGCCACGUCGGUGGAAGGCUUUGUGGUCAAGUGCUACUGGGGCAAAGAAACCACCGACAUGGUCAGCCCCAUACAGCAGGUGCAGAUGCCUCAGAACACGGUGAGCUUCGCAGCGCAGCCCUACAGCCAGUGGGGGCAGUGGUAUGGCAACACGCAGCAGAUUGGUCAGUAUGUGCCCAAUGGGUGGCAGGUGCCCAGCUAUGGCGUCUAUGGGCAGACCUGGGAUCAGCAGUGCUACAAUCCUCUUCCUUCUGGCGCCGGAUGGACGGGUGUCGGCGCUGUGAGCAACGGGGGCAUGGUGGAGCCAGGGCAAGGGGUCAACGGCACCGUGCUGGCCAACCAGGCAGGCUACCACACCCACUGAUCAGCCCCUCCCUCUUGAGGUGGGGGGGGCACGUGGACGGCACUCUGCUGGGGGUGGGGGGUGGUGAGCGAAGCACCACACGUGUGCUCGCGCUCUCCUUUUGUCAACACAUUAUUCUCUCCUUAGGGACGCUGGUCGAGAACAUUACCGUUAGCGUACCGGGCUUUACGCUCAUCCCCCCCCCGUCUCUCCACAUCUGCAAAGUGUCCCAUCACCGGCCAAAUGUAAAUGACAUGACAAGUCCAGAUAGUUUAGUUUAGCCAACAAAAAAAAAAGGAAAAGAUGGUGUUGGAAUCACCAGGUUUUGUUUGCAGGAGCCAAAGAGUUCACUCGACAAGGCCUGAGCUUCGUUUUCCUCUUCCAAUCAGUGGGUUGUACUUUUAGUCCAAGGCUGCUCUCAGGGUGUGGAGUCAUUCUGUGAAAUGUAGGAUAUCACUGAGUUGAAAAAUCUCCAAAUAAAAGGAGUACAUUUCAGCGCUGCGCCACCGACCCCCGGCUGACGGACCGUGUCCAGUCGACGCUUUCUGUGUGUGCGUGUGUGCAUGGACCGAUAAUGCGUUUACACACAAAUCCACUUCAUCUAGCAUCCCUCCCCCCCUUUAGUCACAAAGGACUAUACUCUUCAUUUUUGCUUUUUUUUUUUUUUUUUUUUUUUUGCAACAGUUAAA